CGGCAGGCCUUGCGCGGCGGCGGGCGGGGCGGCGAGAUGGCGGCGGCCGGGACCAUGUGCGGCGCGGCGCGAUGAGGUCUCCUCAGAGAUCCUGGCUUGGACACUUGGAUCAAAGUUUUAAUUUCCUUGGAGUGCAAAUGUUCUUUUGAGCCUAAAGCAAUUCCCUGCAGCAUAACCUGGAGGAGAAGUAUGCCAAACACUCUGCCUAGUCCAGAUGACCCUAUGGUGAAGACUGAAGAGGAAGAAGAGGUGUUGGUGUUGAUAGAGCCAGAAGAUUUUCUCAAGCAUCUCUUUUCCCUAAACCAGAGCUUUGUCGGUGCCCCAUCAGGGACUUGGCCUGAUCUGAAGCCGCUGUUGUCUUUGGCCAGUCUGGAGGGCUCCUCCACCAAAACCUACAGCCUGGCUGUCAUUGCUACCUUGUGUCUUGCUUAUAGGUGUGACCAGGAGCGGCAGGCACUGAGCCUCAGAAAGCAGAGUCACAGAUCCCCACCUGGCCCAGAGCUGUCUGUGACCCACAAGGAGAUACAGGAGGCAUUGGUGAUGCUCCAGCUGUGGGGUAACGUUGAAGUACUGCUCUUAGAGUGGCAGAAAUUCGGCCAGCAUGUCCCUGCGCUGACUACGGCAAUAGCAAAAUGCCCAUACUACAUUGGGGAAGAAAGGAAAAUGACAGCCUUAGAAAAACCUUUUCAACAAGGUCUUCUGGAGCUUUCCAGGGAAGGAAGGAAAAUUGAGACUGAGGCGCUGCCUUCCUGUGCUGCCAGGGCCUGGGCCUCAGCCAGCGGGGCACGAGUGGAGAAGGACAGCACAGGACUCCGGCAGGUGCGGAAGAGACAAACCCAGCAGUUUAAUAGAGUCAGCCCUGCAAUGGCAGCAGAUAUAGCAGAAAUAUAUCCUUCUCUGGGGCUCCUGUUACAGGCCUAUGAAGAAUGCAGCACAGAAGCUGAAAGAUGACUCCUGAAUGACAUCUAGAUUAAAUGAGACAUCAGCCAGAAAGCCCACCAUAUUGGACCAGACUUAUCCUGCCUUAGCUAUAUCUUCAUAGUAUCCACCAACCCCGACCGUCUCCUGGACCUGAGUAUGUAGUGGGACUGUGGUCCAUGUUGGUCAGCCUCGCUGUUUUAUCUGCCAAGACUCGGCAGUGGCUGAGCUGUUGCUGGCAUGACAGUGCUGCUGGGAACCCAGCCAGUGGAAGCAGCUGAUUCUGUUUCAGAGCAGAGACUUGCACAUUAAUAAAUGUCUUGUUACAGA